GGAAGAGUAUUCAGUCGUUCGGUAAACGCGCAGCAAAACGCACCUGCGCCAAUGUUUGACUUGAUAUUAACAUCAGUAUCUUGUUAGAAAGUGCGUUUAAUUAUUGAUACAAUACAAAGAAAUAUCAAUUAUUAUUAAAUGCAUUUUUCAGAAAUAAUGACUGUUACAAUAUCAGCAAAACACGGUGUAUCAAUGUCAGAUGACAAUGACAAUGAAACGUGCUGUAGUGAUAACAAGGACUGUGAUCGACAAACGAACAAUUUACUGAAGGAGUUUAAACCAGGCCCCGGCGAAGACACAAAAGAAAAGAAGGACGAUGAUAAAAAGCCCAAAAUUUGUUACCAACGGGCUAAAAAGCUCUUCACUUACAAGGAAGCUCCCGAAUAUAUUAAGCAUAACACUUUUAUUUUAUCAGGGUAUAGGGGGAUUCUAGACACGCACUUGUGCCUAGAAAGUAUUUUUUGGUGGACGAACGAGACAAUCAAUAUAUGGUCACAUAUUUUCGGAUUUGUCCUCUUCCUGGCUGUUACAAUUCGAGACGUCUGGUCGCUCGACGUCUACGCGUUCAUUGGUGAUAAGCUUAUUGUAGGUUUUGUUUUAAUUUGUUUUCAGGUCUGCAUGGUUUUAUCGGCGUUGUAUCACACGUUUUCGUGCAGAUCUGAGCGUGACUGUGAUUUAUUCCUUUCGUUCGAUUUAUUCGGCAUUGCCCUUUCCCUCCUCGCCAUCUACACAUCUGGAAUAUAUUACGCCUUCUGGUGUGAUCCCGGACUUUUGAAUUUUUACAUUUUUACAGUUACGAUUAUUUUCGCGAUCGCGAUGUUGUUGCACGUUCCCAGAUUCAACGUUGGGCCCAACGUCCGAAUGCUGGUGUUCGUGGGAUGGGCGGCCUAUGGGGUCGUCCCGACGCUGCACUGGGCCAUGCACAUGGGGUGGUUCGAGCAUCCCUUGGUCCGUCUUCUUCUUCCCAGAGUCGCUGGGAUGUAUUUGAUAAGUGGGACCGCGUUCGCUGUGUAUAUCACUAAAGUACCUGAAAGGUUUUGCUCAGGAAAAUUCGACUAUUUAGGACAUUCGCACCAGUGGUGGCACCUGUUUGUGGUCGCCGCGCUCUAUUAUUGGCACUGCACUGGAAUGAUUUAUCUGGAGUACAGAUUUAACCAUGCUUGUGCCAGUCAUAUGACUCUGAUUUGAAUAAAUUAUUGUUAUUACAUUUUUAUGGA